AAGCAUCGAGAGAAAAGUCAGGUGAUUUUUCGUCCGCCGGUAGAAGAUUGAGGUGAUACCGGUCGAUCACAAGUUGCGUCGAGUUAGCAGCACUUGCCAAGGUUCGCGUUUGCGCGAACCCCGAUGGUGAAACGUGACGCAGAAUUGUACGCUGGCGGCGAUUGAGCCGCAGAAGAAAGUUCGCGCUCUGCGAGCUUUUGGGGAUUACCCGCGAAGCGCGGCCAGGGUACCGCGAAAGCUCUAGUGAGGCAAUUACAAGAAGGAUAGAAGAGAUACGCACGCGACUCCUUACUGCGACACUCUCCCGGACAAAUUAAUUCUUCUUAUACCGUUAUGGAGACUCUCGAAUCUAGUCGCGUCUGCCGCCUUUGCGGUAAGCAAUCCGGUAUCUCGAUUAAUAUUUUUGACAAGAAUGAGAACCACGUGAAGAAAAUCAACGCUAUUCUCCCAAUCAUGGUACACGAAAUGGACCUGUUGCCGAAACAUAUGUGUCAUCGAUGCAGUUACAAGCUGGAGGAGUUUCACAAAUUUUACGUGGACUGUUUGAAGACAGAUACUGGUUUGAAGAAUCAAUUAUCUUGGAUGCAAAAAGAAGAUUCGAAGGAGAGAGUCGGUGUGCCAAUGGUGCAUAUAGAAAACAUUAAGAUCAAAGUGGAGCCGCCGGAUUACGACAUGUAUGGCAUAAAUCCUAUUGUUGGUGAUGUCGGCUACAUAAAUUCGAUGAGCUCUGUAACUUUUCCGAUGAAUAGUGUUCAAUCUGACGAUAUUUCCGAACGUAUAACGUAUACGACAUACGCACGUUGCAGUUGUUAUUGUGAUAAAUCGGACCAAAGUAAUGAGACUGUAUCUACAAAUUAUGAAAACAAAAUAUCGAGAUGUAGUAGGACAAAUGAAAUUAGGCAAGGUAACGAUGGUUGCGCGAAUGAAGCGCGAAUGAAGAAGAAUUUUUUAUCCAGUAAAACAUUUGAGGGACGAUCAAAUUUAGUUCAGCUUGUCAAUGAGAUUAAAGAUACUGAUAGAUGUAGGCCGACUUCUUCCAGUUUGAAUUUAUCUAAUGAUUUGAGUGAAUCUUAUGACGCGAACAAAGAAACCUCAAAAGAUAUGAUCGUUCGUAAUUUAAGACCUAGAAGGAAUUCUAUAAAUUAUUUAGAAAAUAGAAGAAAACUUUCCUCUUUGUCGUCAUUGAAAGAUGAAAACAGAUCGACAAUUAUAAAGUCAGAAAUGCCAGCUUCAACAGAGUUUGAUAUAACGCAAAUUAAAGUAGAAAAACUCGAUGAUUCUGAAGGACGUAUCUUGAGACCAAGGAAUGGGACCAUCAAUUAUAGAGGACCAAUACGAAAAUAUUCAAAAUCUACGAAUAAUAACCAAAGAUCGCAAAAUAAUAAGCGUCAAGCGAAUAAAAAAAAGGUUCUAAAUAUUACGAAUGAAUUAAAAUUACCAUUAAAUAAGAUGUCGAAACAAUUGAAAAAUGAAAUAAAAUUAAAAAUAAAGGAAGAACAAUCUUCGGAUUUUAAGGAUUUAAUAUUUGAUGAAUCGGUAUCAGUCGCCAUGUUGUCAUUACCUAAUCAAAUUGAUUCACUGCCUGACGAUUAUAAUGUAAAUAUAAAAAAGGAUAAUAUUAAUCGUAAUGCAUUAAAUCACGUCGAUAAUUUUAGUAUAACAAAUUGGAAAUCUUUGCGAAAUAUAUCGAACAAUAAAUUAAACGCGAAAAAAAUCAAAUCGAAUCGAUUGACUCGUAUAAAUUAUUCGCUGAGAUAUUUAAGAAGUCAAGAUGUUUGUCUGAGAAACGGUAAGAUAAGAAAAUCUGAUAGUGCGGAUAUAUCGAUUAAAAAAUUACCAAAAAGCCUUAAAAAUCUUAUGAAUAGAAAUAAAACAUCCAAUAAAACAUUAAUGAAGACGAUUAGAAACGGUGUUACAGCUAAGAUGUCGGCCUCGAUGAAAAUGAUCGAUAUUAAACAUUAUUGCGAGGAAUGUAACACAAGUUUUGCUAACAAAGAAUUAUUCAAAUUGCAUGCAUGUUAUGGACAUUGAUCUUUUUACAAAAUCGGCUAUCACGUCAUAUGAAAGAUUUAUUUUUUAAAGAAAAAAAUGUCAUUCGUAUUCAUGCAAAUGCUAAACAAGUUUCACUGAUAAUCGAUUAUAAAUAUAUAUAUUUUUUUUCUUAAUCCUUUAUAAGAAAUCGUAUGAUGAUUAUAAAUUAAAAGAAAAUAUGUAUCUAUGUAAUUAUUUUGAAUACACAUAUAUGCAUUAUUAUCGUAAUAAUAUUUUUAUGAACGAAAAGAAAUGUAUAAAUAUAAAUAAUUAUCAAUUGUUAAUAGAAAUUAAGAAAAAAUAUUGCAUUAUACGCUUAAGAAAUGUUAUGUAUGUAGAUAAAAGAUUCACAGAUCGCCUUCAAAGUUUAAAAUAAGAUAUGUGUAAAAGAAUAUAUAAAUAUAUUUUAAAAAAUAUCAUAUAUUCAUAUACACAAAAUUGUGAUACAUAGUGAAAAUAUAAUCAUUUUUCUUUUCAUUCUACAGUUUAGAAAUUGUUCUUACAGUCUAAUAAAUACCAUUUGUAAUUGUUAUUACGAAUGAAUUUAUGUAUUUGAAAGAGUAUAAUGAUAUACUCUUAAAUCAUUUUGCGUGAUAUAUUGAUCGAAAAUUUCUAUUUGUACUCUUUAAAAGAAUGACAAUUGGAUUUAUGCAAAAUGAUUAUUUUAAUGCUUUGUAUUUUAAAAUGUAAUUAAAAUUCUAUUAUAAAUUGUUAUUAAAUAUCAAGUGCAUUCGUUAACCUUAUUAUAUACAUAUAUUAUACAUUAUUAUUCGUUAUUAAAUUACUUUACAGUUUAAUAUGAGUAAAAAUGAGGAGAAUGUGUAGUCAUUACAAAAUUGUUACGUGCUACUACUAGUAGACUAAUAGAUCGAACAAUAAAUUCUCUAACUAAAGCAAUAAAUAAUUAUUUUGUUACUAUUA